AUGACAGGCUGGAGUUUGUGCAGCGCUUCCGGGUACCGUAAACCGGAAGUGUUCUUCUUCGUGUUCGAAUGCUUCCACCCGUUAUUCAGCCUCCAUGCACUGGCUGAGAAGGAAGGCCUGCUGGAGGCUGCUGCAGCGGAGGAGCCUCGGGACACAGAGGAGCAUGGGGGAAUGGAGGAGGAUAAGGAUACUGAGGGUGCAGAUGUGGAGGAACAUGGGGGAAUGGAGGAGGAUAAGGAUACUGAGGGUGCAGAUGUGGAGGAACAUGGGGGAAUGGAGGAGGAUAAGGAUACUGAGGGUGCAGAUGUGGAGGAGCAUGGGGGAAUGGAGGAGGAUAAGGAUACUGAGGGUGCAGAUGUGGAGGAACAUGGGGGAAUGGAGGAGGAUAAGGAUACUGAGGGUGCAGAUGUGGAGGAGCAUGGGGGAAUGGAGGAGGAUAAGGAUACUGAGGGUGCAGAUGUGGAGGAGCAUGGGGGAAUGGAGGAGGAUAAGGAUACUGAGGGUGCAGAUGUGGAGGAGCAUGGGGGAAUGGAGGAGGAUAAGGAUACUGAGGGUGCAGAUGUGGAGGAGCAUGGGGGAAUGGAGGAGGGAUAA